AUGACAAAGACAAACGCUGCAAUGACGCAAGGAUCUACAGAAAAGAAAUCAACGGAAACCAAAACGAAUUACGGAUGCUGCGAACCACACCAAGAUAAUGACAGACGAAUGGAUGGACAGAUGGAUAAUUCCAAGACCACCAAUACAAAUGAAGACAAGAGUGGUUAG